AGAAACUUACGUCCGCCAUUUCGUGAGAAGAGCCUGAGCAGCGAGUACCAGGCAAAGACAAAGAUCAUUCUAAUCUUUAAAGAUAAGCGGUUUCACAUAGUGCGAUUUGUUACAUUUUUAUAUUUAUAGGCUCCCGGUGGCGGAGGGAACGACUGCUUGCAUUUUUACUACUACUGCAGUAUUUUUAAUUGCCAUUUUUCGCAUUUAUGCUCUGCAAGUGUGGACUUCUGGAAAGUAGCUGCUGGGAUCUGUAAUCCAGCAGACUGAGGAAAGCCCUGUCCAUUACUUAUCGCAAACGUCUGAGACCGAAGCUCAUCUUCUUCAUCUCCCAUAUACAACACUGAGAAGACCAAAGAUAAAAAGAUUAAAUGGAUUCGUUAAUGGCAAGUAACGUGACCAACAAGAAUGAUCCACGGUCUUUGAAUUCCCGUGUGUUUAUUGGUAACCUCAACACACUUCUUGUAACAAAGGCAGAUGUAGAGGCUAUCUUCAGCAAGUAUGGAAAAAUUGUAGGUUGUUCAGUACACAAGGGUUUUGCCUUUGUCCAGUUUCAAAAUGAGAGGACGGCACGCAAUGCUGUGGCUGGAGAGGAUGGACGUGUAGUUGUUGGACAAGUUCUUGACAUCAAUCUGGCAGGUGAGCCUAAACCACAUAGAUCGAAGACUGGCAAGCGUUCUGCGGGAGACAUGUACAGUUCUUCCUAUGAUCUGGAUUAUGAUUUCCAGCGAGACUACUAUGAUCGGAUGUAUUCAUACCCAUCACGUGUUCCUCCUGCUCCUCCUCCUCUCUCCAGACCCGUAGUACCAUCAAAGAGGCCACGAGUCAGUACCAGUGGUGGACGCCGCACCAAAAGCAGCUUCUCAUCAAAAGGCAGUCAGAGGAGCUCCUCGCGUACCUUGAAAAUGGAUGACCUGCAGACCAUUAAGAAAGAAUUAACACAAAUCAAACAUAAGGUGGAUUAUUUAUUGGAGAGUCUUGAAAGAAUGGAGAAGGACCAUAGUAAAAAGUCAGAGCAAAAAUGUAGCAAAUCUGAAAGUGAUGAUGCUCUUCAGCAGCAUAGUAGCAGCAGCUCCAAGAAAGAUGAGGUGACUAAGAUGGAUCGAGAGGAUGUAGGCGAUUCUGAUGAUGAGAGAGACCUGCUGGAAGAUGAAGAGGUGAAGAGCCAUGAUCAAGAAGAUGAUGAGGAUAAUGAAGAGGACAGAGAGGCAGAGGAAGGAGAGGACGAUGGUGACAGUGCAAAUGGGGAUGACGACUCAUAAAUGUAUAGAUGUAUUGCACACUGACAUUAGAUCUAUUUUCUGCCCUUUUUAUUUUUGUUUUAUUAUUAUUAUUUUUUGCUCUCUUGAAAUUUAACGGAAUCAGGACACCUUCUGUUCCUUGUGUUUGUGUGCCGUUUAACAUUGACCACACAUUUUCCUCCUUGUGUGUCUUUAUUUUUGAUACCUCUUAAAUAAACCAUUUCUUUUAUAUCCUA